GCACAACCGAAAAUGACCUGAAAGCAUUACCAUUUUUCUGUUGCCAGCAACAGCCACGAAGGCCACCAAACACACACGGAUACACGGAUACACAGCAACCAACCAGAGAAAGUAAAGGCAGCCGCCAGCCAGUGACCACCGCCACGCUACAGCCACACCGCCAGCAAUGAAGAUUGAGACAGUCGAGAGUGCCACGCGCCCACAGCGCAUCGCUCCCCACAGCCACGUCAAGGGUCUUGGCAUUGGCGACGAUGGCAAGGCACUCCCUGUGGGAGCUGGUCUCGUUGGCCAGGACCAGGCGCGUGAGGCCGCCUCCAUUGUCGUGGACCUGAUCAAGGCAAAGAAGAUGGCUGGUCGCGCCGUGCUGUUUGCUGGCCCACCUGGCACCGGCAAGACUGCGCUUGCACUUGCCAUCAGCUCAGAGCUUGGCCCCAAGGUGCCAUUCUGCCCAAUGGUUGGCAGCGAGGUGUACUCUGCCGAGGUCAAGCCCACAGAGGUGUUGAUGGAGAACUUCCGCCGCGCCAUUGGUCUCCGCAUCAAGGAGAUCAAGGAGGUCUACGAGGGCGAGGUGACGGAACUGACACCCGAGGAGACGGAGGACACGCUUGGCGGUUACGGCAAGACCAUCAGCCACGUCAUCAUCGGCCUCAAGACCCGCAAGGGAACAAAGCAGCUGCGACUGGACCCGACGAUCUACGAGAGCCUGCAGAAGGAGAAGGUUGAGGUCGGCGACGUGAUCUACAUUGAGGCGAACACGGGCGCCGUCAAGCGCGUCGGCCGCUCAGACACUUUUGCAACAGAGUUUGACCUCGAGGCCGAGGAGUAUGUGCCUGUGCCGAGCGGGGACGUGCACAAGAAGAAGGAGAUUAUCCAGGACGUGACGCUGCACGACCUGGACAUGGCCAACGCGCGGCCGCAGGGCGGGCAGGACAUUGUUUCCGUCAUGGGCACCCUCAUGAAGCCAAAGAAGACCGAGAUUACAGAGAAGCUCCGCAAGGAAAUCAACAAGGUUGUGAACAAGUACAUUGACCAGGGCGUGGCCGAGCUCGUGCCGGGCGUCCUCUUCAUCGACGAGGUGCACAUGCUGAACCUGGAGUGCUUCACGUAUCUCAACCGGGCGCUGGAGUCGACGCUGUCGCCGAUUGUCAUCUUCGCCACCAACCGCGGCCACUGCACCAUCCGCGGGACGGAGAUCCAGUCCCCACACGGCAUUCCGCUCGACCUUCUCGACCGCAUCAUGAUCAUCAAGCUCACGCCAUACGGCACCGAGGACAUGCAGCAGAUUCUCAAGAUCCGCGCGGAGAUUGAGGGCAUUCCGAUUGACGAUGACUCGCUCUCGCAGCUCGCCAUCCUCGGCACGAAGACCACCCUCAGAUAUGUGGUGCAGCUGCUCACGCCAUCCUUCCUCCUCGCCAAGAUUAACGGGCGAGAAUCUGUGUCGACGACGGAGAUUGAGGAGAUCAACGAGCUGUUUAUGGACGCCAAGACGUCGGCCAAGGUCCUCAUGGCGCAGACAGACAAGUUCCUCAAGUAACCACCGCACCGCCAGGGUGCUGUGAUGCCACUUGAUGGUGGAUUUGUGUUUCCUUCAAGUAAUCGGGUGUUGUGUUGCUGCCUGUCGCUGGUGUUGUGUCCGUUUGUGUGUGCGGUGUAGUGUCGCAACGUCUGUCGUUUGUUAAUUCGUGGCUGAGUGGUUGGAGUCGCUUGUGUCAUGUCAAUUCACCACUGCGCUGCACACAUGCAAGCGUGGCGGGUUGUGGCUGUUGUUUCUGUUUCGUUUCUGUGCUGUUUGCGUGUGUCUGUGUGUUUGUGUGGACGUAGGGGACACACAGUGGUGCGCUGAAAAGAAGCGAAGUACUGUUUCAUUAAACAGCAAACUUUACGAGA